CUGGGGAGAGGGAGGCGUGGAGAGGAAUGUAGAGACCGAGGGGGUGAGGUUUCCCUGGAACAGAUUUCGACGCUGCACGCGCUUGAUGAUGGCUGCUGGUCCCUCUCAGUCCGAGCCGCUGGCUUCGCAGGAACUCAAUGGCGACUUCAAGAAGCCAGGCUUGCCCUUGCUCCCGGCGGUGCGGGGCAAAGCCCCGGCCACCAAUCCUUCAAACCCUGAGGAGGUAAUGAAGGAAGGGCCCACGGCGCUGCCGGACUCCGAUUCCGCGGAGCCUGAAGACCCGCCAGCCCUGCUGGACAGCGGAGAGACUAGGGGUCCAGCGGAGGAGCAGCCACGGCCCCCCACAGUGGCUCCUUCCCCUGACGGCCCGGCCCGGGCUCCUCCUUACCGAGAGCCUCCGUGGGGCGGCCCCGCCACGGCCCCCUACAGCCUAGAAACACUGAAGGGCGGCACCAUCCUUGGCACCCGGAGUUUGAAAGGGAUGAGUUGCUGUCUUUUCGGGAGGCUCGCUAGCUGCGACGUGUGCCUGGAGCAUCCUUCUGUGUCUCGCUACCACGCUGUGCUGCAGCACAGGGUGUCCGGUCCCGAGGCAGAAUGCGACGGCCACGGGCCUGGCUUCUACCUCUACGAUUUGGGAAGCACCCAUGGCACUUUUCUUAACAAAACCCGCAUCCCCCCCCGCACCUAUUGUCGGGUCCACGUCGGGCAUGUCCUUCGCUUUGGAGGCAGCACCCGGCUCUUUCUUUUUCAGGGACCAGAGGAAGACCGAGAGGCAGAAUCUGAGUUGACAGUAACGCAAUUGAAGGAAUUGCGCAAGCAGCAACAAAUGAUGUUGGAAAAGAAGAUGCUGGGAGAAGACUCAGAUGAAGAAGAGGAAACGGAUACAGCUGAAAGAAAGAGAAAUACUAGUAGUCAAGAUGAUGAAAUGGGCUGCACCUGGGGAAUGGGAGAAGAUGCUGUAGAGGAUGAGGCUGAAGAGAACCCCAUUGUCUUAGAGUUUCAGCAGGAAAGAGAGGCCUUUUAUAUAAAGGAUCCAAAAAAGGCUCUCCAAGGUUUUUUUGACCGAGAAGGAGAAGAAUUAGAAUAUGAAUUUGAUGAACAGGGUCAUAGCACUUGGCUUUGCAGGGUGAGAUUACCUGUGGAUGAUUCAACUGGAAAACAGCUAGUGGCUGAGGCUAUUCACUCAGGAAAGAAAAAAGAGGCAAUGAUCCAGUGCUCACUGGAAGCUUGUCGAAUCCUUGAUACUUUGGGAUUGCUGCGUCAGGAGGCAGUAUCUCGGAAAAGGAAAGCCAAGAACUGGGAAGAUGAAGACUUUUAUGAUAGUGAUGAUGACACGUUUCUUGAUCGGACUGGCCUGGUUGAAAAGAAGCGUCUGAACCGAAUGAAGAAGGCUGGGAAGAUUGAUGAGAAGCCAGAGACCUUCGAAUCAUUGGUUGCAAAGUUAAAUGAUGCUGAAAAGGAACUCUCUGAAAUUUCUGAGAGACUGAAAGCCUCCGGCACAGCUCUAUCAGAGUCACCAUCUCAGGACUCUUUAGACGCGUUCAUGUCAGAAAUGAAAUCAGGGAAUGCAUUAGAUGGUGUGUCCCGGAAGAAACUUCACCUGAGAACUUUUGAACUGAGAAAAGAACAGCAGAGACUUAAAGGGUUGAUAAAAAUUGUAAAGCCAGCAGAGAUCCCAGAACUAAAAAAAACUGAAAUUCAGGCUACAGAUGGAGAAAACAAAGCUAAAAAGCUUACACUGCCUCUCUUUGGUGCCAUGAAAGGAGGAAGCAAAUUCAAAUUAAAAACUGGAACAAUAGGGAAGUUACCCCCCAAGCGUCCAGAACUCCCUCCAACUCUAAUGAGAAUGAAGGAUGAGCCUGAAGUAGAAGAGGAGGAGGAGGAGGAGGAGGAGGAAGAGCAGGAGGAGAAAGAAAAGGAGGAGCAUGAAAAGAAGAAAAUGGAGGCGGGGAGCAGUAGGCUGCAGCAGGAGAUAGAGCCAGAAGGAGCAGUGCAGGAAACAGGUCCUCCCACAGAUUUCACAUGUCCUAAAGAAACAAAAAAUCAUGAAAACAUGUCUCAACUCAGCCAAGUGGAACAGAAUAAAGGUUACCAAGAGAUUAGUGAGACAGCUGCAUCGUGUGAGGAACCCUCAGCAUCAAAGAAUGAAUAUGAGAAAAGAAGAGAUGAAUUGAAGAAAAAGAAAGCUCCUGGUCUAGGCAAACUUCCACUGACACUUUCCUCCAACUAUCCAGAAGAUGAUCCAGAUUACUGUGUGUGGGUCCCACCUGAAGGCCAAAGUGGAGAUGGCAGGACCCAUCUUAAUGAUAAGUAUGGCUAUUGAUUGCUUCCGAAUCCUAAAGGAAGACCUUGUGGACCAUGUGACAUGGGAUAUUUAGGAUAAUAUAUCAAGUUGAAUGUCCAGAGAAGGAGUUCAGAUGAUCAUUUGUAAAAUCUGGUGACUGGCCUUUUCUUCUGUGCUCUUGGCUUCCUAAAUUUAUCUACCCAUCUGAUUCUUUUGAAUUUGCUAUUUAUGUUUAAAAGUGUUUGUGUAUGUAUGUAAAAAGGAACCGUAUAUUUUGAGAAUUAGUAAAGUGAGAGACAUGACUCUGUUAAA